AUGAAGCAAGCCGACGAGCUCGACGUCUUCGAAGCGGCGAGUUACUACGCCGAAGCAGCAGACUCCGGGACCGUCCAGGGAAGGUCGAACAUGGUCGAGAAGGAGUGGAGAGGGGAGAGGAGGACAGAAGGGCCACCUCCUCGACAGAAGGUCAGAGACGAGAAGCCGAAGCAGCCCCUCACGCCUGGUGGUAGGUUAGCCAGCUUCUUGAUCUCCUUCUUCCAACAUGGUUCUUCCAGACAGAAGAAAUCCGCACUCUCCAUCCCCGGGAGAGCCAGUGUCUCCUGCAAACAUGAGGACGAGGGAAGGUCAACGGGGAGGAGGAAGAGGAGAGUCAGCGAGUCGUCCUUGUUUGUCUACUCUUCGCGCUCUCCAUGCAAGGUCAAUGUGGACAAGAAGACCCAUCAUAAAAGCUGGCGCCGCGGCCCUUCCAAAGCUGCUUCAGGUGCACCGAGAGAGGUCUUCCAUGGAGGAAGAUCCGGCUAUGGCGAUCCUCUACGGGAGGGUGGCAGGAGGGUAUCCAUUAAUGGGAUGUCAGAGAAGGAUAGCAGAUUCUACUGCGAGAGCUUGCUGCAGUUCGAGGAAAGGAGCUUCUGGAGGAGGGGUGAGGAGGAGCAGGAGGGAGAGGAUGGGUCGGAGAGCGACUCGAGCUCCGAUUUGUUCGAUCUGCCCAAUUAUGAAUUGGUUCGCUUCUAG